AUGCAAUCCUCUGAAAAGGGAAGAGAAUCCCAGCAGAAAAGGGUUCCUGAAACUGCUCGAUCCCAGUUCAACCUGAGCGAUGGUCACCUCACUUUCGGGCCGGCUGAGGGGACUCAGUACAUACCACGACCCACAUUUUUCCCAGCAUCACAGAGCUCGGGUAAUGAACAAUCGACUUCUACUGGAUCGAACCAUCCACGGAUCAAGAAAGAGUUUCCGGAUGAAAAUGGCCAGGAGGUCAAAACCUGGGACAGGUUUAGGUCAUUGACGAUAAAACAAGAUCCCGACAUCAAACAUGAACCAGAUAUCAAAAUCGAACCGGAAGACUUCAAAAACGAUCAGCAAGUCCAAGGCCGCCUGAUUAUUGACCUCACCGAAGAAGACAGCUUGUCAGCCCAAAGACGUCCAAUGCCACGAAUUGAAUUAUUGAUAGCUGUUUACCAGCAUCAAAAGGCCCUGAAAAAGGCGGCUGAGACAGUCGAACAACCAGUCGAUAGUUUGUUCGUACAAGAUGAUGAUUCCGCACCCUCGACCACCUUCAAUACCAGCGACCUCCUCGAGCCAGGUGAUGAUGAUGCUUCUGGAUUCAAUGAAUACGAAAAGCAAUUUCGAAGCCUGCAAUCCCCCACCAUGGAACAGCAGAUUGAAUUCGAAAAGCGGAGAGGGGAAGAGCUUGAACGAAGGAGAAAGAUCAAGCUUGAUAAGCUUGUUGAUCUGACUGUCCAAGCAGAAUUUGAAGAGGGAGCAGAGAGCGAAAAUAUGCCUUCUGGUUUGGAAGAACAACCUCAACCCGGGGAGUCCCAACUUAACGAGCCUCGGCCCUCAGAGGAAACACUGGCAGACUUGAAAAUCGCUGCUUCAACCAAACCACCUGGUACCCGAUUGUCAAAAGCACGAAUUAAAAAGGCCAAAGAGAUUGGCCUUGCUCAGUUGCUUUCGAAGGAACGGGCUCAAAAUCGCGCUAAGAUCAAUGAAAUCCAGCCUGGUACGGAGCAAGCAUCUGGAAAAAGGAAGCAGAAACAACGUCAACGUCCACCUACAUUGCUGUCAAAGGAAGAGAUCCGAAGUAUCUUCAAGAACGAUGGUAGUCGCGAAAAGGGACGUGAUCCGUUACCUCCUGGCUUUGUCUCUACUGAGAAGAACAAGCAAAAGGCUUUUAGAGAGAUGAUUGCCAAUAUCCCAGUUGCAGAAAGGGCUGGAGCACGUGAAGAUAUCUCCAUUCUGAAUGAAGCGACCCAGACGUUUAACCCAUCGGCAAGGUCAGACGGACAAGGCAAAUGGAAGGUCAGAGGGCUGCGAACAAGCCUCAUGGUGAAUCAGAUAUUGGCUGCCUCCUGGAUGUGCAAGAGGGAAACCUCGUUGAGCAAGCCCAAUGGCGGCUUACUCUGUGAUGUUAUGGGCUUUGGCAAAACCCUAUCGGCACUAGCCAAAUUCCACAGGAUGUCGCAAAUUCAGCAACAUUGUGAGCAAGAGGCCGUCGGGAGGGCCAUUGUGCAUUGCUCUGGUUCACGCGCGGAAACCAAUGACCUCGAACGCUAUCUCAAAGAUCAAGGCAUUGUGUUAACAACUUACCAGGAGAUAUGUUCCUCCUACCCUGAGCUGAAGGUGCCCCCUGAACUCUGGACUGAUGAAGACGUCGCAGAGUGGUGGGAGAAGGUAUAUGAUGAAAAGGCAGGUGUCUUUCAUCGAAUCAACUGGCACAGAAUUAUUCUCGAUGGCAACGCUGUUGAUGAACUUUACGCGCUAUUUUCGUUCGUUGAGGUGCCGAACAGCCACCCCUACCAAGUUUUCAUGCACAACUUCUGGGACGGGAGUGCUAAAACUAAAGACCGCUUGAUCAACAUGCUUCGCGCCAUUAUUCACCGUAAAACCCAUGAAAGCCGCCAUAUGGGACGACCCCUAAUCGAGCUCAAACGACUCGACCUGAAGGAGGUCAAGGUUGAGUUCUACCCCGUCGAAAAACAGAUAUACGCUGCAAUCGCGGAGAGUUUUAUCAGGAAAGUCAAUGCUACUCAAAUGAGCAAGCAGAGCAAAUGCAUUUUGACAAUGAUCCUCAAGUUGCAGAUGUUUGCCAGUCAUCCACUUACCGCGGAAGAUUACCUCAAGCGAGUGUGCAAUUUCAACAGCCCACUGGAUACACAACUAAAGGGCUGGGUGAAAGACGAAAUAAGUCCAGGAAUACCAUCCCCGUCAGGCAAGAUUGCCAGAUGUUGUCUUGCAGGCAUGUAUCAAACCAGUAUGCCUAUGGUUCCUCUGAGCUCUCGGACAGAAAACGAAAGACUUCGACCGCUGCCGGACGGCAAUCUUGCAAAGCUUGUUGAAGCGUUCAAAGAAAAGAACAAGAAUCUUUUUGAGAAAAAAUCUUUCUACGAGCUUGAUCAUCGGACCUGGUUCUGUCCUGGCUGUGACGGCAUCCCAACAAGGGCUAUUAUCACAGACUGCAACCACCUUUAUUGCGAGGAAUGUUUUGACUCACUCCCCGACGAAGAAGGGAAUACAGAUGGUGUCGAUAGAGAGUGCCGCAGCUGCGGCACUUCGAUUAGAAACGCUGCAUUCUACGGAAUUUACGAUGACUUUCACACACCUCAACUGGAAGAUACUGAGUCUUCCUCUCUUGGGCCGGCGGGCCAGCAAAAGCGACCAGCCAGGUCAGAGGCAGGAACGUCAAACGAAGCGCGAACUAAGAAACGCCGGAAGGGUACACACGCUCGUCAAACUUUCUCGGAAUGGUUACUGGCCGAAGAUAACCUGAUCGCCGGCGAUGGCGAACAUGAGAGCGAAGACCAAAUGGAAAAUGAAUCCGGUAAUGACACUGGUCUUCCCUCUGAGGAAGUCGAACAGAGACAAGAUUGGAUAGCGGCAUUUGGGGAAUCCAUGCCGGGCGCCAAAUUUGAUGCAAUUGCAGCUCAAGUCAAAGAGUGGUCCGAAAAAGACAGCACGGCCAAAAUCGUGAUUUUCACACAGUAUAUCAACAGUACCAGGCUUUUACGGUGCUUAUGUAAAGUGCAUGACUGGAAAUACUCCGAAAUCACGGGCCGAAUGGCCAAUAGGUCACGAGAAAUCAAUCUGGACAAAUUCCGCAAGGAUGAUGAGACCAAGAUUAUGAUUGCUUCGAUUAAAACCGGUGGUCUAGGUCUUGAUUUCUCUGUGGCAAACAAGUGUAUCCUGGUUGAUCUAUGGUGGAAUGAGGCUGUCCAAGAUCAGGCAUUUUUCCGUCUUUGGCGACUUGGCCAGCAGCGAGAUGUCGAAUGCAUUAUGCUCACGGUCGAAGGUUCCAUUGAUGACUGGAUGGAUCGGACCCAGAAACGGAAAGCCAAAGAGAUUAGCGAGGUCCUGAGUCAGCGUGUGCUCAUGGAUCGAAGCACGCUCAAAGAACUACUGGAAAUGUUCGGUGAAGUUACCGAUGACCCAAAGGAGGGAUUUAGGGUCCAUUUAGCGUCCAAAACUGCGUCCAAUUCCACCACCGAAGUCACGCCCGAAGUCGUUCCCAGAAGAAGAAAAGGCACUCGACCUGCACCUCCCAAGAAACGGAGUUAG